UGAUGAACUCUGUCCUAGCUAGGAGUUUGCACUGCAGUAGUUUAUUUGUUGUGCAUAACAUUUUUGAUGUGAGAGUAUCCAUGUAGCAUAGCCUACCUUUUAUGGAAAUGGACGUCGAUGAUGAGGACGAAGACUGGAACGGAUGUGCAGAUGUGCACGUUGUUGGGUCCUCUGUCAGCCACAGCUCGUCCUCCCGAAUCAUCCUGCACUUCGACUUGGAUUGCUUUUACGCACAGGUGGAGAUGAUUCGGAACCCAGCACUUCGUAACAAACCUUUAGGAAUUCAGCAGAAAUACAUCAUUGUGACUUGCAAUUAUGUGGCCAGAGAUUUGGGUGUGACAAAACUCUCGUCAGUCACUGAUGCCCUGGAGAAAUGCCCUCAGCUGGUCCUGGUGAAAGGGGAAGAUCUCACUCACUACAGGGAGAUGUCUUACAAAGUAACAGAGCUCCUAAUGUCCUAUUGCCCCUUGGUGGAGAGACUGGGCUUCGAUGAGAACUUUGUGGAUGUGACCGACAUGGUGGACACCAGGAUAAGGCAAACUAACUCACUCACAGACCUGACCUUCAGCGGUCACGUUUACAAUAAGGAAUCCUCAGAAGUAUGUGCAAGUGAACACCCCAGGCUGGCUGUUGCCUCUCAGCUGGCUGCUGAGUUGAGGGAGGCCCUCAAGAGCAGCCUGGCACUCACCUCCUGUGCUGGCAUCGCCACCAACAAGCUCCUGGCAAAGCUGGUGUCGGGCACGUUCAAGCCAAACCAGCAGACCACUCUGCUGCCAGAGAGCACGCCCGACAUCAUGGCCAGGCUCAGCGGGGUCCGCAGGGUGCCUGGCAUAGGACACAGCACUGGCCACAGGCUGAAGGCUCUUGGGCUGGCUACGGUGAGGGACCUUCAGUGCUUCCCCUCUGCUGAGUUAGCGCGGGAAUUUGGGGCUGCCACUGCUCUGCGGCUUCAGAACCUGGCACAGGGCAUUGAUAACUCACCAGUGACCCCUGCUGGACCCCCACAGUCACUUAGUGAUGAGGACUCCUUCAAGAAGAUGUCUUCUACAACAGAGGUUCUGCAGAAGGUUGAGGAGCUUUUGACGAGCCUCACUGAAAGAAUGCAGAAGGAUGGAAGGCAGCCAUCCACCUUCCGCCUGACAAUCAGACGUUUCUCAGCAACCAAUCGCUACUUCAGCCGCGAGAGCAGACAGUGUCCCAUACCCAAUCACAUCGCUCAGAAAAUCACUGCAGGUAGCAGCGAUGUGUUGGCCCAGCUUGUGAACAUGGGCAUGAAGCUCUUCCACAAGAUGGUGGACACAAACAGCCCCUUUCACCUCACCCUGAUCAACGUCUGCUUCAGCAACCUGCAUGCCAAGAGCGACAGCAGGGCAGCCAUAACGUCCUUCUUCACACAGAAAUCACCCAAGAAAGUUCUGCAAGGGUCACAGCAACAGGAAACCCCCAAGACUGUUGAUGAGCCUCCUCCACACAUGAUCCGGCACACCUCCACUGCAAGUCUUCCUAAGGGCUUCACUCCUUUUGGGAAGGACACAUCCCAUAAAAUCCCAACUCAGAAAGCAGAGGAGACCAAACCUACUUUACUGAACCUUUUCAAGCCUACUCAACUCCCUGCCAAACAGCCUCUAGCUCCUCCAAGAUGUCCACAGGAGUCAGUAACCCCAAAUGGUCCCAAUGAACCACCGAGUCCCUCCCAAGAGGACGACACGGUCCUUAGCCAGUUGCCUCCGGACGUGGACCCAGAGGUGUUCCGACACCUCCCUGAAAGCAUUCAACAGGAGCUGCUGUCCAGCUUCCGAACACAACAUGGGUACAAUCACAGCUCUAUCAAUGGCAGUCAAUCAGCCACCGGGGUCACAGGUGCUACUAGCCUCCAGUCUGGAGAACAUGGGUGCAAUCGCAGCGCUAUCAGUACCAGCCCAUCAUCGGCCACUGGAGUUACAGGUUCUGUCUUCCAAGAUGGAGAACAUCGCUACAAUCACACCACUAGCAGACAUUCAGCCACCCUGGGUUCCUCUAGUCAUGGGCAGACCGCCCAGACCAAUACCAAGUCAGGCCCACUGCUGCUGCUGCAGCAAGCCAGCAUCCUGACUACCUCUGUUGGUUCAGGUCAAGGCGAUGAGCGAGUCACAGAGGCUAGUGGUCGUGGUGGUGGUGGUAGUGGUGGUGCUGGCCGUGGGUUUUUCUCCACACGCAGACAGUUGCAGUCUGUAAACACCAACGGCAGUAGGACGGCCGAGUCUGAGCACCACUCUGAUAUGGAGUCUAAGGUGUAUUCUCAAUUAACCUCUGGACAUCCUUCGAAUGUCGACCUGACUGUCAGAGAAUCAAGUUUUGGUGGUGGUGGUGGUUUGUUUUUCUCCCCACUCAGAGAGACACCAAUGCGCAGGAGUAAUCUGCCAACGGAGAGCAGCAACAGCUCUGGAGACGAUGUGAAACACCCAAAUAUGGAACCUACUGCAUGUUCCCAUCAGCCCUCUGACCACCCGUCGAAUGCCGAGCCUGUUAAAGAGACUAUUGGUGUAGGAGGUGGUGGUGGUGGUGGUUUGUUUUUCUCUACCAGCAGAGAAACAUGUACAAACACGUGUCAUCAGCAGACUGAAAGCCACAGUAGCAACAAAAGCGAUAGCAGGAUGGCAGGGGAACCUUCAGGAGUCGAGCCUAGUGUCUCGUUGUCUUCGCCACUACCCUCUAGUGGCCCUCCUUUGAAUGUGGACCCCACAGUGUUUUCUGAGCUUCCCCCAGAGCUGCAGAGAGAACUUCUGGCAGAGUGGAGGCAGCAGAAGCCAGCGCUGAAGAUGCCAAGCACCAAAAAGCCAGCGAAGGCACAGGCACUGGACAGAACCCCUUCUACUACCACCAAAGACAGAAAACCUCCCAAAGCUGGUCAGGCGAACAGCCUGCUGAAGUACUUUAAACCGAGCUGAGUCUCAAUGAAAAGGCUACUUUCCCAUUCAUGCAGUGGUUUUGCCACAUAGUGUUCUGACUUUGAUUUAUUUUGUUCUGUUAACUCUGUUGAAAUAACAUAUCUUGUUAAUAAAGUAUCUACCUAUUUUGCA